UUACUGCCCUGGGAAAUCCUUCCACCAGAGGGUCGAGAGACACAUUCUGGUCUUGCAACAUCACUUCUAGCAGCAUCCAGUCUCCCAUCCAGGAGCUUACCCUGCUUAGCACCCGAGGCAAGCCAGCACAGGGAUUCAGGUUGACCAGAGAUCGCUCUUAAGGUCUCGCUACACCAUCCUUUCCUCCCCCCAGGACAGAUCAGUGUCAGGGUGGGGGGGUUCUGCAGGGCCAGAACAAGAUCAGGACAGGGAGAUGGAGCUGCCAUGUACCUCCAGUGGCGGCAGCAGCAGACCCCGCCUGCCCAUCCCUUUCACAGCAGGGGACUAUGUCCUCAGCUCCAGCCUCUCAGCCUGCUCCCUGCUCCCAGAGGGGGCAGUGGAACCCAUGCAAAUCGAUGCUGACCCCCAGGAAGACCAACAGAAUGCCCCGGACCCCAGCUACGUUGUGGAAAACCCCACGCUGGAUCUGGAGCAAUAUGCGUCCAGCUACAGCGGCCUGAUGCGCAUCGAAAGGCUGCAGUUCAUAGCUGAGCACUGUCCCCAGCUCCGCGCCGAGGCCCUGAAGAUGGCCCUGUCCUUCGUCCAGAGGACCUUCAACGUCGACGUGUACGAGGACAUCCACCGCAGACUCGCCGACGCCACCCGCGAGGCACAGGGUGUCCCCGACGCGGGGCCAGAGGCGCCGGCGGAGCCCCCCAGCCUGGACACGGCCUGGGCCGAGGCCACCAGGAAAAAGGCCCUGCUCAAACUGGAGAAGCUGGACACGGACCUCAAAAACUACAAGGGAAACUCCAUCAAAGAAAGCAUCAGGAGGGGUCACGACGAUUUGGGGGACCACUAUUUAGACUGUGGAGAUCUUAGCAACGCCCUCAAAUGUUACAGCCGAGCACGCGAUUACUGCACCAGCGCCAAGCAUGUCAUCAACAUGUGUCUUAACGUCAUCAAGGUUAGCGUUUACCUCCAGAACUGGUCUCAUGUCCUUAGUUAUGUCAGCAAGGCUGAAUCCACUCCAGAGAUAGCUGAGCAACGAGGAGAGCGAGACAGCCAGAACCAACCUGUCCUUACCAAACUAAAAUGCGCUGCUGGACUGGCGGAACUCGCCUCAAGAAAGUACAAACAAUCCGCCAAGUGCUUCCUCCAGGCGUCAUUUGACCACUGCGACUUCCCAGAGCUGCUGUCCCCCAGUAAUGUGGCUGUUUAUGGGGGCAUGUGUGCACUGGCCACGUUCGACAGGCAGGAACUGCAGAAAAACGUCAUCUCAAGCAGCUCCUUUAAAUUAUUUUUAGAGUUGGAACCCCAGGUCCGGGAUAUCAUCUUCAAAUUUUAUGAGUCCAAGUACGCGUCCUGUCUCAAACUGCUGGACGAGAUGAAGGACAAUCUUCUGCUGGACAUGUACUUGGCCCCCCACGUUAGAACCCUUUACACACAGAUCCGGAACAGAGCCCUCAUACAGUACUUCAGCCCGUACGUGUCUGCUGACAUGACUAAGAUGGCCCAGGCCUUCAACACCACCGUGUUGGCUCUGGAGGACGAGCUGACCCAGCUCAUACUGGAGGGCCUCAUCAACGCACGCAUAGACUCCCAUAGCAAGAUCCUGUAUGCCCGGGAUGUGGACCAGCGGAGCCACACGUUUGAGAAGUCCGUCCACAUGGGCAAGGAGUUCCAAAGACGAGCCAAAGCCAUGAUCCUCCGAGCCGCCGUUCUGAGCAACCAGAUACACGUCAAGCUUCUCCCCCUCUCUUCCCUCUCACAGUCGCCCCCUAGAGAAGGCAGCCAGGGAGAGCUGACCACAGCCAACAGCCAAACGACGCGGAUGAGCACCAACAUGUGAGGGGGAGCUCCUGUCACGCCGUGGCGGUCUGCUUUUGUUAUGGUUUUCUCCACCCUGACUGGUGUGCUACUUUUGGCCAGGGCUUUAUGUUAUACAGGUUCAAUUGAAGAGUAGUGCGCUACACAGAGAACAGGGGGUCCUUUGAAUAAAACAAAAGAGGACAGCUUCAGCAGCAGCAAAACAAUAUGCACUCGAAAUGGCUUUCUGUUUCUUCAUGUAGGGCACUAGUUUUGACGAGGGCCCGUAGGGUUCCUUUGGUAGCUGUGCACUAUGCAGGGGACAGGGGGUCAUUUCAGUUGCAGACCAUCUACUUUUACCGGGAAGACAAACAAUCUAAAGACUGUAAAGUUGGUGAAGAUACAAUGUCUGUUGUUUACACUCAAACCAACCAACAUUUUGUUUCUCAAAUGUAAUGAAAAGAAGGUUUUGGGGGGGGAUAAGAAGAGCACUGUUGCUUGGAAGAGACACUCGGCUGUGUCUUGUGACAAACAGUUGAUGAAACGUUAAGAAAACCAAGCACGGUACAGGAAAAGCUUUUAAAAUAAAGAUAUAUACAAAAUGA